ACCUUUAAAAAUUUCCGAACGCCACCUCCAUUCAUGAUGUUUUAUUAUUAUUGUAUACUCUGUUAAAAUCUCUUUUGACGUACGCCAUUUCAAAACAACACAUGUUUUGAGCGUAUUACUAUUAAAAUUACAAUACAUCCUGAUUCUCUCGAUUUAAUCACAACAAAAUGCCGAAGACUAAAAAGAAAUUCAUAGAUCGUAAGAAAGCUGUGACGUUUAACUUGGUGCACAGAUCGCAAAGGGAUCCUCUGGCAGCUGAUGAGACGGCCCCACAACGUGUCUUAGUGCCCGUCAGUGCCAACAUACCUCAGAAAAAAGAAAAAGACCCUGAAUUAACACCAGAGCAAAGAAGAGAAGAACAGAUUAAAUAUGGCAUAUACUUUGAUGAUGAUUACAACUAUUUGCAACAUCUCAAGGAUUCCAGAGAAGUCACUCUUGUGGUGCAACCUCGACCAGUACACAAAAGGAAAGAGAAAACCACAGAAACCAAUGAGGAUGAAGUCCCAGUGCCUGUGACAGAGGCUCUUACGCUGCCCAGCUCAGUGUUUGCGUCCGAAGUGGAGGAAGAUGUUGGUUUACUAAACAAGGCUGCACCACAAGGCCUCUGUCUCGACUUGGAUCCUGAAGUGGUAGCAGCAUUGGACGAUGACUUCGAUUUCUAUGACCCUGACAAUCAAUUGGAAGACAACUUUAUUGAUCUGGCUAUGGCUGAAGGUUCCGGUGAUGAUGAAUACGAUGAUUAUGAUGAAGAUGGCGACAGCAUGUCACAAGAUGACAAUUCGGACAAGGCAUUCGCUUCCGACCUCGAUUCUGAUGAUGACAGCGAUUCGGACGAUAGAAUGGCUCGCGGUAAUCGCAUGCCUAAAUGGGAGUCCCGCGACAAUGAUGACACGAAGUCCAGAUUCUCCCAGUACUCCAUGUCUUCCAGCGUGAUGAGGCGGAACCAGGGACUUACACUCCUUGAUAACAGGUUCGAAAAGAUGUUCGCUGAAUACGAUGAUACAGAAGUUGGUGCGUUGGACCUCGAAGAGAUCGAGGGCUUCAUGCCGGAGACCCACAACAUGUUACUCCAAGCAGCCGAGCACUUUGAGGAGUCUCAACGGAAGUAUCAGCUCGAUAAAGAGAAAGAAAUUGCCAGAAUAAAUCGUCUUCAAGAAAUCGAGGAGGAGUCAGAGGAAGAGCUGGUGACAGUGAGGGUGGAUCCUGAAGAGAAGUGGGACUGCGAGACCAUACUGUCUACUUACUCCAACUUGUACAACCAUCCCAAGGUCAUUGAGGAGCCUAAGAAACCCCAAAAAAUCAAGUUAAACGCUCGUGGUAUACCUAAAGACGUACUCGGCAAGGAUAACAAGCUGACUGUCAAGUCUCUCGCCAAGUUCAACGCUAUGCAGAAAGAGACCGGGUCUUCUGACGAAGACGAUGACGAAAAGACCAACGCUGAGACCGUCCUGUCUACUCUCAGUGUCCUCUCUAUACGGCCAAAAGACGAAACUCCAGAAGAAAAGAAAGAGAGGAAGCGUCUUCUAAAGGAGUACAGGAAAGAAAGAAGAAUAGAGAAGAAGGCAAACAAAGAGGCUUUCAAAGAAGAGAAGAAACGACAGGAAAAGAUCAUGAUGAAUAAUAAAAAUAAUGUUCAAGGGAACAGAAUAUUGUAAUUUGUAGUCUAUGUGAUAUAAAUAUAUAUAUUAUGUUGUAAGUAA